AUGCAGGCCGCUUUCGGCCGCCGUUGCCUGCAGCUCGUUGCGCUCAAUCGCUCUGACGUAGGCGGGCUGCCAUGGAGCACCGCAGCCGCCUUCUCCCUCCUCGCUGCCUACUUUCUCCUUGUCCCCCUCUCCGACACCCUCGCGCUGCAGGCCGGCCUCGAGCUGACUCCAGCCAUCACAGCUGUGACCCUCUGCAUCAUCGCGGCGGUCACGCCCAUGUACAGCGCUUUCGUCGCUGCGUCCCCUGUUCAGUCGGUGCUGCCGCGCUUCUACAUCCUCGUUGCGGCGCUGCUACUCCUCUUUGGUGCCCUCCUCUCGCUCUACCCACGCAACACAGUGCUCGGCUUCAGCUUCGUCGUGUUCGUCCAAACCUGCUCGCUCUUCCUCACCACCACCUUCUGGGCGCGCAUGGCAACGCUUCACUCCAAGCCUCAGUCCGUCCGUGUGUUUGGCCUCAUCGCCGCCGCGGCAUCGCUCGGCCAGCUGGGCUCGUCGUUGGCGGCUCCCGCUCUCUAUGCGCUCAUGGGCCGCUCCAUCAUCUUCGGGUCGGCCCUCUUGCUGUGCGCGUGCAUUGUCUUUGUACGCUGGCGGAGCGGCAGUGCUGAUGCAGACGCCGCAGCUGCGGACGCGUCCACCUCUGCCCGCGAAGACAGCGUCCGCCUCGAGGACAGCGCCCAACAAGGCGCAGGAGCCGCUGGAACCGGCACCACCACCGCCACCGCCACCGCCAGUGACACGACACGUGGCUGCUGCUCGAGCUUGACGGCCGCGCGGGUGCUAAUCUCCACGCCGCUCCUGCGCGGCCUCACCGCCCACUCGCUUCUCAUCACCUUCCUUGCCGCGGGCAUCUGGUACGAGCGGGCAGCGGCCGUGGCUGUGGCCUUUGCCAGCGACGCGACGCGCUUCGACUUCUUCUCAACGCUGAAUGCCGUGACCAGUGUCACGACGCUCGUCCUGCAAACGUGCCUCUUCUCUCGGUCGCUGCGCUUCCUCGGCGCCAGAGGGACCCUCCUUGCCGAGCCGCUUGUGGUGUCAGCGGGCCUCGCCGCGAGCAUCAUACGUCCUGGCCUGCUCUCGAUCGCGCUCCUCGACGGCGGCAGGAAGGUCGUGCACUACGCAAUCGUUAAGCCGACCAAAGAGAGCCUGUACACCGGCAUGUCUCGCGACGCGCAGCUGCUCGCGAAGCCGCUGCUCGACACGUUCGUCUACCGACUCGGGUCGCUUCUUGGGGCAGCCUACUUCGCUGCCGCACUCGCUGGGGGCAUGGGAGAGGACACGCGGCGGUACAUCCUUCUGGCCGUGAGUGCGGUGUGGGGCUGCAACUCAUGGUGGAUAGGUAGCCUCGCCGACAAGGCGAACGAGUCGAGUGCGGCUGACCCGACCAAGAGCGGCGCUGCCGGUGGUGAGAUGUCGCUCGAGCUCCGGCGCAAGUCCCUGCGGAGCGAGAGGGCAGCGCGCCGCUACGACGGGCUCGAAGAUCCAGAGGGUGAGGUGGACCUGGCCGCGGAGGAGCCACCCGCCGCAAAGAAGCGUGCUCUCGGCUCCCGCGAGGCCACGGCGCUUGUGUGUGGCCUCAUCAGCCUCCUCCUCGCCGUGGCACUGUUAAAGUCCGCACGUGCGCCAACGCCCUCACAAAUGGUGCAGAAUGGCACGAGCUACACCGGAAUAUGGGAGGUGCUGAUGCCGCCGGUCAGGCGGCCGAGGAGCAAAACCCGAAAGUAG